UUGAUUGCAUAUGGUUUGAGACAACAAAUUUGUUCUAUCAAGGCAAGUUGCCUGCUGCUUUGGAUAAAGUUGUAGAAAGAUAGUAGCUAUACCUGAACCUAUGCUUGAAUGUUUUCCCUACAGGAAGGACAUAUUGGUUUUGAUUUCAUUAAUCAGCCUUAUUAGUAAACCAUUAAAAUAGUUCAAACUUAAAUCAUAAGUAUCCAUGGGUUUACCGAUUAUGCAGUUUGUUCAUUAUAAUAAUUAUUUUGUUCAUUGUCUGUGCGCAAUGAUGCUUCUGUGGGUUUAAAUGUGAUCUACAAGGGAACUUUGGAUAUAUGUCUCAUUUCCUUAUAAUAACUUUUUAUAUUCCGAACAUUUAGUGGAUUGUUGCAGACUCAUCUGGUUUUUUUACUCUAUAUCUGCUAAGUUUAUGUAGCUGUUCUCAUGUGUAUUUCCCAUAGCUCUCUUAUUUGCUCAUUGUAAUUUGAAGAAAAAAGUUAGUAGUUAGCUGAGUACGUUCUUUCCAUUUGAUUGGUGAUUGUUCCAUUAGUAAUAACAUUUAUUGUGGUCUUCAGAUAUCACCAGUUGCAAGAAAAAUUUAAGCUUCUGUGAACUUAUGUUUGUUGUAAUGUGCUAUUUUCCUAUUGGGCACCAUGCACUAUGCUGUGUUCAUAUGUUUUAAUGAGAUUUGUAUGGAAAUCUGGGUGUAGGUUGUGUUUUUUUUUUCUGGUAAAUAUCUGUUGCUAUCACAUAAAUUUUGGUGAUGAGUGUCUGCCUGUUGUGAAUCUAUUUUAUUAUUUAUGUGCUGUGUUCUUGCAACUGUUCCUACGUAUUUCCCACUGUUCAGUUUUAUGGUUUGGUGAAACUCUAGUGGCAAGAUUCAUGUUAAUUUGUUUCUGAUAGUUUCAUUGGAUAUAUCAUUUCCAAUGAUCUGCAGAUAUCCUAGUUUGCACAAGAAAGUCCUCAAGUUUCAGUUUCUUGGUUUCUUGCUGCAAUGGGGGAUGCAGAAAAUGCCCUUCCACCUUCAAAGAAGAGGGCUGCUGGAAGAGAAAUUUCUCGGGAUAACCCUGGUCUUGAUGAUGAGGAAGAUUCUUGUGAACAAGAAACUGGAACUUUUAAGAAGGCUAGUGAAGAAGUUUUGGCAAACAGAAGAAUAGUCAAAGUUCGUAGAAAUCAAACCACUUCAACUGCCUCAUCCAAUCCUUUUUCUGGAAUUCGCUUGGUUCCCCGUACAGAACCAACCAUUACUCCAGCUACAGCUAGUGCAACCCCUGAAUCCAGCGCAACGACCACUGAGAUUACAACUGAAGCACCUAUUGCCAGUGAGAAAGAAGUUUCAGAAGAUGGGAAAAAUGACGUUAAAAAAUCUGAAAAGAAUGAAGAUGGAAAUAAUCAGCAGUCAGAGAAAAAAACAGAUGAAACGGAGCCAGAGCUUGCAAAGAAUGACGAAAGUAGGAAGGAUGAGCCAGUUUCUGACGGUGUUGCUAAUAAGGAAACUGCUGAGGAUAUGAGCAGUGAUGUUGUAAAUGAAGGAACUCAAAAGGAGGCAAAUGAUGAAAAACCAGCAGGAGGUGCUAAGACCGAGGAUUAAGAUAAGAAAGAUGACAAGACUGCAAAUGCAGGUAACAAAGAUAAGAGUAGUGAAAAUUCAGAUUCAGCUGCAGAAGGUGGAUCAUUGAGUUCAUUCCAACAGCUUUCAAGUAGCCAGAAUGCCUUCACAGGACUUGCUGGCACUGGAUUUUCUACUUCUGCAUUCUCCUUUGGAUCUACUACGAAGGAUGGUGCUACUGGUGCUUUUCCACUUUUUGGACACAAAAAUGAUCAGCCUUCUUUUGGUUUUGGUCUUUCAACAAAUGGAAACUCUUCCCUCUUCAACACAUCAGGGACUUCAAUUGUUUCUAACAGCGAGGGAAGUGGUUUUCCAGCCAUGCAGGAGGUUCCAGUUGAGACGGGAGAAGAGAAUGAGAAAGUGGUUUUCACAUCUGAUUCUGUGCUGUUCGAAUUCAUAGAUGGAGGGUGGAAAGAGCGUGGGAAGGGAGAACUUAAGGUGAAUGUCUCUACAAUGGGGGCAAAAAGAGCCAGGGUGCUAAUGAGAGCUAGAGGAAAUUACAGAUUGAUUUUAAAUGCAAGUCUUUACCCAGAUAUGAAGCUGACAAACAUGGAUAAGAGAGGUAUUACAUUUGCCUGCGUGAAUAGUACAGGUGAAGAAAAAGAGGGGCUGUCUACAUUUGCAUUGAAGUUCAAGGAUGCUUCCAUAGUCGAAGAGUUUCGUGCGGCUGUAAUGGCAUACAGAGGUAACACAACUGCUGUUCUGAAGACACCAGAAAAUUCUCCUAAAGCCACAGAAGGUUUAAAGGUGUCUCCCCUAAUCUGGUCUGUCCUGAACUUGCCAUUUGCAGUUAGUCCUUUUUCUUUGUGGAAGCAGGAUCUUGAUUGCAUACGCUUAUUCCUAAGCCCUUAUAUGUAGCAGAGUCAACAGAGACCAAUCCAAUCCUUUUUGGUUGUUAUAAAUUGUGUAGCCUGCGGGAGAAUGUUCCGACUUUUUUUUUUUUUGGUGUCAAUCCUGGAAUUAAACAACUGUAUCAGCUACCAAGGUAUCAAGACAUGCAAUGUUUGACUGUGAUGUGGGCUGAAUCCGUGGAAUUGCAGCGUAGCCUAUUUCAUAUUUUUACGAGUCCUUAAACUUUUCCUUUAUAUUAAUUAAUUCCCCCUCUGAUUCCAAAUUCCGGAGACAGUGUUGUGUUGUUGUAUCUGAUAGAUUUAUCGAUGAUCGCUCCAUUGUUGUUGUACCAAAAACAGAGUUGCAGUAUCUCUCAUUUGGACAAAGGUUAUAUAGUCUGUCGAAUGUACUCUAAAAUAA